UUUUAUUUCGUUGCUCAGUUACCAUUACCGCUAUUCCCUAUAUAUCAGCCGGACCGAGGUUUCCAGCCAUCAACUUUUCCAUCCAUUAUCCAAAUUGCCGUUUGUCAUACCAUCCAAUCUUCGUUGUACAGCACCAACCAUACUGGCCAUUUUACUUUCGUUCCUGCCUCACUAGUUAGAUCAGGAGAACCCCAGUUUUAUUUCUUACUUUUCAUUCUUUGCUUGGGCUUCCAUGUGCUUGCCAACGCGACUCGCUUGUUGAUUCAUAUUUCAUCAUAUAUCAACCUCACUUUACUUCCCACGUAGCAACCUGUUUCUCACCUACAACUACAAUCAUCAAAACACUUUCGUUUUUAAUCCUUACCUACACUACAAUCCUUCGACUUUCUAAUCGAAGUUAUUUUAAUUCCCAAUCCUCCCAUCCUAUCAAAACAACCAAACACCUCAAAAUGCAAUUCUCCAAGCUUCUCAGUGUCGCCGUCGGUCUUUUGGCCACAGCAGAAGCUGUUUCUGUCUAUAAGCCUCGCAUCGCUGCUCGUGGUUCCCAGCAGAAAUACAAUUUGAAGCUUGACACCGUUCAAGUCGCUACACCUAGUUCUGCUUCUGCUAUCAGGAAUAUGAUCAUCCAGGACAUUGUUACUAGAUCUGCCGUUGAUAGCAAGAAUGGAACUACCAUUUUUGAUGAUUCUAUUUCCUGUAUGUUUACUUUCCUUGUUUACUUUAUAUACUAUCCAAUUACUUCAUAUAUCCCCACCAAUCAAUUCUCAACCUUCAAUCUCCAUUUCAAAACCAAACAACCAACAUCUCCGCUAACAAAAUAAUCAGUCACCUUCAUUGACCCCAACUCAAAUACCUCGACGGCCUGUAACGAUGACUUCCAAGGCACAGCUACCACCACUCAAUUUCCCACUGGCUGGGUUCCCUGCAAUAACAAUGGGAACCUGAUGGAUGAUUUCUACUGGCAAUUCACUUCGUAUCAAUCUCUCACCAGUUUCAGCAUCGAGUUAAUUCAUGCUUUUGUUGGUUCCAAGUAUGUUUGCCCUCUAUCCCCGUUCGCGCUUCCAAUCUCGACAUCUGGUACACCAAGCCGGAUUCAGAGAAUAAGGAUGUAAAUUUCGGAUUCUGUAGAUAAAAAUACUAACAAUCUUCUCCAAAUAGCAACGCAGGCGAAGUCCUCAGAUCUGCAGAUAUACCCAUUACCCUCACCUGCGCCGACGUAAACCACGUCGACGGAUGUUUCUCCAACCAAGUCAUUUCACUACCAAUCGCCAUAGCCACCGCAUAAAUGUCUCCAAGUCCAAGAAUAUCGAAUUUGUAAUAACAGGAAACGCCUACUUCAUUUUCUUCUUCGGCGUACCUUUUCAAACCCCAUAAUCAUUUGAGCGGAAAAGACGGAUGGAUGAUGGAUGAUUCAUAGCUGAGCGGUGCCUUACGUUAAAUAUACUUAUUUAUUAUAAGUAUAAUAUACGUUGGUUUCUGGUUAAAGAAUGUGGCUUGAAAGUUUAAAGAAAGUCUGGGCUUGCUUGCUUGGCUUGACUUUGAUGGGCAAUUGUAGAUGUUGCGAUGCAUAUUACUUGAAUCUUACACGGUGCGAAUGCGAAUCGCUGUCUUGAAAUGGCAUGCAUGGAUGGGCUGGAUGUAAUAAGCAAAGUACUGUACUAUUGAGAAAACAAAAAAUAAAA